GCGAAAGGGAGUUCACACAAGUAGAGAAUCUCCCGUAGGUACACACACUCAGAGAACAUCUGCGCAGAGUUAAGGAUUCUAUUGCCUAAUGUUGGAUUGUUGCCAUUGAUGCGCUAACUAAUCAACAUUACAAGUUAUACAAUAAAUUAUACUCUGAAAGAACUAAGUGAUUCUCGAGGAGGGGGGUCAGUCUGUGUGAAUUUAGGAGCGGACCCGACGUUUUCCCAGAGAAGAUAACGAUGUCUGGCUCGUAUUGCAAAAGUUUAUACUCCUUCAGCGGGGACCAACAUCAGCAGGGUUUGACUUUCGAAGUGGGAGAAAUCAUAAGGAUAGUUCAUCCGUUGCCUGGCGGCUGGUGGGAAGGAGAGCUGGAUGGAGUCAGGGGAUGGUUCCCGUCGAGUUAUGUUCAAGUCUUAGAGAAAACUGCGUCUAUGACCUCACUGCCGGUUGAGGACGUCGGAGAGCCUCUCCCUCAACACUGGAAGUGCUACAUGUCACCACAAGGCCGGCGUUACUAUGUCAACACCUCCAGCAAUGAGACAACAUGGGAGAGACCUUGCAGGGUACCUGGGACACCCAACACCCCUCUGAAACACAAGAACUCACUACCUACAGUGAAUGGGUUUCGCUCCAGUGGCAGUCUGUUGCAUCAGAAUGAACAUUCCCAUAUCAGUCUGGUCAAAAAGCCUAGUUUAGAACCACAGAGUCCAUGUCCUCCAUCACCCACCAAGUGGCAGAGCAAAGAGACUACCAUCACAAUUAACUGUGUAACGUUCCCCCUCCCUAUGAGUACACCUGAACAGCAGCUGUUGAAGCCAGAUGAGUGGAGCUACUGUGAUUACUUCUGGAUGGAUAAGAAGGACCCUCAGGGGACAAGCAGUAUCUCAGGGUUUGAGGUCUUACUGCAGAAACAGCUGAAGGGGAAGCAAAUGCAGAAAGAGAUGGCUGAAUUUAUAGGAGAAAGGAUAAAGAUUGAAGAGGAAUAUGCCAAGAACCUCGCCAAGCUGUCACAGAUUCCCCUCGCGGGACAGGAAGAAGGUACUCUUGGGGAGGCCUGGGCUCAGCUAAAGAAGAGUCUGGCUGACGAGGCCGAGGUUCACCUCAAGUUCUCCUCUAAGCUCCAGAGUGAGGUGGAGAAGCCUCUGUUGACGUUCAGAGAUAACUUUAAGAAGGACAUGAAGAGGUUCAAUCAUCACAUCUCAGAACUACGGAAACAGCUGGUUGGACGACACUCAGCUGUGGAGAAGGCCCGUAAGGCUCUAGCGGACAGACAGAAGGACUUGGAGGUGAAAACCCAGCAGUUGGAGAUCAAACUAAGCAACAAGAUCGAGGAAGACAUCAAGAAGGCUCAGCGAAAAUCCACACAAGCAGGAGACGACCUGAUGCGCUGUGUCGACCUUUACAACCAGUCGCAGUCCAAAUGGUUUGAGGAGAUGGUGACCACAAGCCUGGAGCUGGAGAGGCUGGAGGUAGAGAGGGUGGAGAUGAUACGACAGCAUCUGUGUCAGUACACCACCUUACGGCACGAGACGGACAUGUUUAACCAGAGUACGAUGGAGCCAGUGGACCAGCUGUUACAGAGUGUGGACCCAGCUAGAGACAGAGAGCUCUGGGUCCAGGAGCAGAAGACAGGAGACAUCAGGCCUGUGGACAUUGAGAUAUAACACACCUGGUUCCCAGGGGUCACAGACAUGUGGAUCCACAAGCCUGGAUCUUUACGGGGGCUUCAAUGCCAACUUUGAGAUAUUAUGGACAUCCUGAGAAAUCGGGAUGACUCGCUCCACAGACACCUGUCUGCUCUUGAGAGAGCGAGCACCACCACCAGACAGUGUUCAUUAUGACCUAGAGGAUUCUAUAUGGUAGACAGACAGUGUUCAUUAUGACCUAGAGGAUUCUAUAUGGUAGACAGACAGUGUUCAUUAUGACCUAGAGGAUUCUAUUUGGUAGACAGACAGUGUUCAUUAUGACCUAGAGGAUUCUGUAUGGUAGACAGACAGUGUUCAUUAUGACCUAGAGGAUUCUAUAUGGUAGACAGACAGUGUUCAUUAUGACCUAGAGGAUUCUAUAUGGUAGACAGACAGUGUUCAUUAUGACCUAGAGGAUUCUAUAUGGUAGACAGACAGUGUUCAUUAUGACCUAGAGGAUUCUAUAUGGUUGACAGACAGUGUUCAUUAUGACCUAGAGGAUUCUAUAUGGUAGACAGACAGUGUUCAUUAUGACCUAGAGGAUUCUAUAUGGUAGACAGACAGUGUUCAUUAUGACCUAGAGGAUUCUAUAUGGUAGACAGACAGUGUUCAUUAUGACCUAGAGGAUUCUAUAUGGUAGACAGACAGUGUUCAUUAUGACCUAGAGGAUUCUGUAUGGUAGACAGACAGUGUUCAUUAUGACCUAGAGGAUUCUAUUUGGUAGACAGACAGUGUUCAUUAUGACCUAGAGGAUUCUGUAUGGUAGACAGACAGUGUUCAUUAUGACCUAGAGGAUUCUAUAUGGUAGACAGACAGUGUUCAUUAGACCUAGAGGAUUCUAUAUGGUAGACAGACAGUGUUCAUUAUGACCUAGAGGAUUCUAUAUGGUAGACAGACAGUGUUCAUUAGACCUAGAGGAUUCUAUAUGGUAGACAGACAGUGUUCAUUAUGACCUAGAGGGUUCUAUAUGGUAGACAGACAGUGUUCAUUAUGACCUAGAGGAUUCUAUAUGGUAGACAGACAGUGUUCAUUAUGACCUAGAGGAUUCUAUAUGGUAGACAGACAGUGUUCAUUAGACCUAGAGGAUUCUAUAUGGUAGACAGUCUGUUCAUUAUGACCUAGAGGAUUCUAUAUGGUAAACAGACUGUUCAUUAUGACCUAGAGGAUUCUAUAUGGUAGACAGACAGUGUUCAUUAUGACCUAGAGGAUUCUAUAUGGUAGACAGACAGUGUUCAUUAUGACCUAGAGGAUUCUAUAUGGUAGACAGACAGUGUUCAUUAUGACCUAGAGGAUUCUAUAUGGUAGACAGACAGUGUUCAUUAUGACCUAGAGGAUUCUAUAUGGUAGACAGACAGUGUUCAUUAUGACCUAGAGGAUUCUAUAUGGUAGACAGACAGUGUUCAUUAUGACCUAGAGGAUUCUAUAUGGUAGACAGACAGUGUUCAUUAGACCUAGAGGAUUCUAUAUGGUAGACAGACAGUGUUCAUUAUGACCUAGAGGAUUCUAUAUGGUAGACAGACAGUGUUCAUUAUGACCUAGAGGGUUCUAUAUGGUAGACAGACAGUGUUCAUUUUGACCUAGAGGGUUCUAUAUGGUAGACAGACAGUGUUCAUUAUGACCUAGAGGAUUCUAUAUGGUAGACAGACAGUGUUCAUUAAACCUAGAGGAUUCUAUUUGGUAGACAGACAGUGUUCAUUAGACCUAGAGGAUUCUAUAUGGUAGACAGACAGUGUUUUUUAGACCUAGAGGAUUCUAUAUGGUAGACAGACUGUUCAUUAUGACCUAGAGGAUUCUAUAUGGUAGACAGACAGUGUUCAUUAUGACCUAGAGGAUUCUAUAUGGUAGACAGACAGUGUUCAUUAUGACCUAGAGGGUUCUAUAUGGUAGACAGACAGUGUUCAUUAUGACCUAGAGGAUUCUAUAUGGUAGACAGACAGUGUUCAUUAUGACCUAGAGGAUUCUAUAUGGUAGACAGACAGUGUUCAUUAGUUGGGGAACACUGAGGUGAGAAGAAUGUUUUACCAACAUAACAAACGGCAUGCAUGUUUUCACCUGUAUGGACUGUAUGGGCUACAGUACAAGCCCCUGUCUCUGAGGCUGCAUGUGUUUUUUUCCUCUUCCGCAAAAUAAUUGGGUCAUCACUAUUUACUACAGCCACAAAGUCAGAAGGCCCGCCUACUCGACCAAUCAGAUGAGGGAGUGUGAUGACAUGUAUGCUGACCGGCUUGCAUUUCUUUUAUAUAUUGAUUAGUCAAUAACCAACUGUUCUAUGUGCUAAGUGUUAAUCUGGUGUCUUAUUCAACCGUUCUAAAUACAAAGUGUUAAUCUGGUGUCUUAUUCAACCGUUCUAAAUACAAAGUGUUAAUCUGGUGUCUUAUUCAACCGUUCUAAAUGCAAAGUGUUAAUCUGGUGUCUUAUUCAACCGUUCUAAAUACAAAGUGUUAAUCUGGUGUUUUAUUCAACCGUUCUAAAUACAAAGUGUUAAUCUGGUGUCUUAUUCAACCGUUCUAAAUACAAAGUGUUAAUCUGGUGUUUUAUUCAACCGUUCUAAAUGCAAAGUGUUAAUCGGAUGUCUUAUUCAAACUCAGCUUGCAAGCUAAUCAUGAUUUUUUCCCCCCUUACUCAUAGUUACAUGUUUUAAAAAGUGGUUUACUCCAAUAUCUGCGUUGUUUUUAAAAUGGCAUGUAGAUAAAUAAAGUGCCACAUCUUGAA